AUGGCCGGAACGAGGAAACGCAAGCACGUAUCAAUCGACGAAAACUCCCUUCACCAGCAAGACAUCAAGGCCUUUGGCACCGUUCGCAAGCCUCGUCAGGACAACGAUGGCCAAAAGAAGAGAAAGACCAUCCACAACCGCCAACCUACCCCUCCAUCGUCUGCUCCGGCUGUAAGAAAGUUGAAGCGCAAGCUGCAGCUUGAUGACGACUCCGACACCACGCCAGUGCUCCCCAUCGAGGGCAAAGAUGAGCCGACCGCCGAUAAGCGAAGCAAGACCAAGGCUACAUCUGUACAAGAUACACCAAGCAAGGCCGCUGCAGCCAUGUUCACCAAACUUGAGCUGGGUGUGAAGGUGGAACCCAUCCCGUUUGCGCUCGGUACGAAGAAAGCGGUGUCCACUUCUCCGGCGGCCGAUGAGACCGCCAAUCAAGAUUUGCCAGAAGAGCUUGAAGCAUUGACUCACCUAAACACCGCCUUCCUCGCCGCUCUCUCCUUCUACUACGCACACAACGGUUCCUCUUCUCCUUGCGAAAUCAGCUCCCUGCUUCCCGUCAUCACCAAGCACUGGAAGAAGCGCACCGUCACCCUCGAUGACCUGAGGCGCAUCUUGGCGGUGCUAAACAAGGACGAUGGAAGCUUCCAUCUGCAAGACUUCGGCAGAGCUGGCAUCUGCUUGACCAGAGUGCAGCCGCGCGGCCGAGCGACAAAACGUACGGCAAGCUACGUCGAUGAAGCUGAGCUCAAGGCCGAAUUCGAGGUCGCGCUCCGACAACGCUGGAAUUCAUGGCUCGCUCAGACGCCGAAAGAGAAUCGAGACGCCACCGUAUUCCUCGACCAGCUUGCUCUCGCCGAAAUCUCCCAACACAGCUCGGUAGAGAAGGCCGCUCCUCUGUUCGCGCGUGGUCAGCAGCGUUUGGCCGACAUCAAGGCCAGCCAAACAACAUCGAAAGCCGAGGCAGCUCACCCUUCCAACCUCGCGAAAGACCAGGCGCCUUCGCUCACCCCUCAGAGCCGCGGUUCGAGCCUCCUUGACCGCAUUCUAGCCAAGCAAACCCUCACAGCUUCCCUCCCGGCGGGGCCGACCAGAGAUCAACUGGAACGCAAAGCCGCACUACACCGAGUUGAAGACGUAGCACGCGUGCUUGACCUUCUCUCAGCCGGUCGAGCCCGCUGCAGCUUCAGCCUACAAGCUAUGCAUCAGCACCUGCAACAGAAGAAUAUCACGCCGGAGUUUGUCAGUUGUGUGCAAAAUGGGGGCGUAGCGUGCGUGACGAUUACGAAAGGUGGCAAAGUCGGAUUGGAAGAGCUGAGGUUGAGGGUCAAAAAUGCGCUUGGGUAA